AUGGAGUUUGCAGGAAUUGCCGUCGCCACAACAAACGAUGCAUACUCCCCGCCUCGACCCACCAACAGGGAGGCCGUCUCACUAGAGGAUUUAAGUACCCAGAGAACCUAUCUGGGAGAGAAUACAUUCUUAGCUCACGAGGCAGAAAGUCAACCUACCGUUCCACAAGGCCUUGUGCCAGCACUGACGCCCCUCCAUGAGUCGGUCUUGCGACUUACGGAAGCCACAAGUCUGCCUAAACCGCCACUACUCAAGGCGUUGACAGAGUCUUACUUUGAACAUGUUUUCCCUCGGUAUCCUGUUGCUGAACCAGCAGAUAUCGCGAACAGCAAAUCCAGCCUUCUGAAGCAGGCUGUUUGCUUUGCAGGCAGCCUUAUGCGGCAUUCCGACAACCCACGGCAUCUGGCUGUCACUCAAUCCUUCUAUGAGAAGACCAAACUAAUGAUCCUCCUCAACUAUUCAUCUAAUCCUAUCGAUACUCUUGCUGCGAUGUGUUUGAUGAUCUGUUGGAGUGCGAACCCUUCAGACUCGUUGAGUCUUGAUGGUCCUUGGCAUUGGACGGGUGUCGCUAUCCGUCUAGCACUACAAAUGGGGCUUCACAAGGAGGCUACGUAUAUCAAUCAACCACAUGGAUCACGCCUUCGACGAAUAUGGUGGAUUUUGUUGAAUGCAGACCGAUUACAAUCGGUUUGUUUUGGACGCCCUUUGGCGGUUAGGGCUUCAGAUACGAACACUCAGCUGCCUCAACUUUCCGAUUUCGCUGAGGAUAACAUAUCUAGCAAGGUCUUUGUUCAUUAUGCUACGUUGAUCGAAAUUGUGGGAGGAAUUGCAAAUUUCGAAAUACAAGGCCGGAAAGCGUCAAACCCCGAACGAGAACAAAUUUACUGUUCGCUGUGUGACUGGAUUAAGAAUCUGCCGGAUAGCAUUCGUCUAUUCGACACGAAAGGGGCGCGCCAACAAUAUCAUGCAUCUGUUGUUGAACUUCACAUACUCUUCUUUACAGCCAUUAUUCUCUUGGACGCCCAUCGAAUGAGAGUGGAAAACAAGUGGUAUAUGUCCACUCCUUCGGUCAUCGCAGCUUCUUGUGGUGCCAGGCUCAUGGAAGAAGUUGAGUGCCACGAGGACAUCGCAUCUAUGAGUUCUCCGACUGUUUUCUACAUCAUGGUUAUCAGCGUGCCACUGCUGUACCAUCGAGUGUCAUCUGAAGAGAAAGAAGAGAUCCGUCGAGCCGAAGUUCAAAUCUUAUACUCCAAUCUCGAGCUGCUGAGCGCAAGAUAUAGUUCCGCCAUUUUGGCGCGGCGAUAUCUCGACAAAAUUAGCGAUGAGUGCAGAAAGAGUCGCGCUGAAGUGCAAGAAGAACUUGAAACACACCAAGUAACCAUAUCUGAACAUAAUGCGAGCCAGUCAUCAUGGGCUACUGGGGACUUAUUCCCAUUUCCCAGCAACUUCUGUCCCAAUAUGGAACUUGUGGACUUCGAUAUCAACGACCAAACGAAUGGUGCCUUGGAAUUCUUCCCUGUCAGCAACGACCCCCUUCAUUGGGCUUUCAAUGACCCGCCUGCAUUUCUGGACUUCUUCCAGAUAGAUGACAUGACAGAGACAUUAAGUACGGCUAUCCCUUUCGAUCCAGCUUCAAGUACCUUCUCGUGA